CAUCACCACCAUCAUCCUUCCCAUCUAACUGCCCCACCGUCCCAUACUGAGCUGGUGGCUAGUUAGCUUUAGCUCCCUCUGCUAGCUUCUCCUCUCUGCAGUGGGACUGUCACCACCAAAAGAACCUUCUUCUUCUUUGCCUCCAGCAUCUAACAGAGAAGAGGAAGAGGGGAGGAAAGGGAAUAAGCGCUCUGGAGGAGAGGAAGAGGAGAGAUGUGAUUCCUCCACUGAAAUCCACCCACAUCAGGAAUCCUGAACUUCUUCCACACCAUGAGCAUCGCAGCUCUGUCACCAGUGAGCCAUGAGCCUCCAUCCCCAAUGCUCACUUCUGUCACCCCAACCCUGGACUCUGGCACCACCUCAUCGUCUGCAGAGACCACUGGCAACCCUCUCAUCUUAGAUCUGGACCAUCAGUCACAGGAUGGGGUUCCUUCACUGGGCCCUGGCCCCAGUGGCAGUGGAGGACCUUACGAUGGGCGAGAUUUCACCCAGAGGACAAAGAAACUUCCUCCACUUCACACCGGAGCUGACUGGAAGGUCGUCCUCCAUCUACCAGAGAUCGAGAAGUGGCUGAGAGCAACCAGCGACCGGGUCACACAGCUCACACACUCUGUGGGACAAGAUGCCAACAGCAGACAUGUGGACGUUCACCUGGUGCAGCUCAAGGACAUCUGUGAGGACAUCUCGGACCACGUGGAGCAGAUUCAUGCCUUGUUGGAGAGUGAGAUCUCCCUGAAACUCCUGUCCUACUCUGUUAACAUCAUAGUUGACAUAAGGACGGUGCAGCUGCUGUGGCACCAGCUGAGAGUAUCGGUUCUGGUCCUAAAGGAGCGUCUGCUGCAGGGUCUGCAGGACUCCAACGGGAACUACACCCGCCAGACUGACAUCCUGCAGGCCUUCAGCCAAGACCAGCAGCAGACACGCCUGGAUGCUCUGACUGAGGUGGACGACUGUGGUCAGCUGACUAUUCGCUGCAGUCAGGACUACUUCUCUCUGGACUGUGGCAUCACUGCUUUCGAGCUGAGUGACUACAGUCCCAGUGACGAGCUGGAGGUCCCAGGAACAGAGACCACAAUUGAAAACCGGUCCCAACAGAUCCACCACACCCACAACCAAAACCCGGAUCCUGUGUUGGAGGAGAGCGAAGAAGACCUCCCUGAGCUCCAUCACAGCUUACCUGAACUCUCAGUACCAAGUGAAUCAACAGACCACAGCCAGUCUUCGCCUGUGCUACCCACAAUGCAUUGUGGCGUGUCCAACCACAGUGAAAGUUGGAAGCGUCCUUUGCAGGGUCCGAGCCACAGCAGUGAUACGUCACCCACGCAGCCAUCCCUUCCCAAGAGGGCAGCCUUGUCGUCGAGGGGAUGUUCUGGAAAGGUUGACCAGCCCUCAGAGCUGAUGUUUCACCCUGAGCUGAGUCGAAGCACCCCUUCUCUAGUGGAUCCCCCAGACCGCUCCAAGUUCUGCUUGGAACUAUACUCAGUUUAUCCAGAAAAUGUCUCACAGUCCUACGAGAGCCUACAGGUCACGAACCUCCAGAGACACCACAUGAGAUCCACACUCAGAAGACGCCCAGAGGGGGACGUCCAGAGACCACAGCCUGACCAGGAGAUGUCAGCUGAGGCCAGAUCCACUGGCAGCGCCCCCCUUCCUCUGCAAAGCCUGGUGAUGCAGGAGGAAAAACAUGGACACAGUAACAGAGACUCGGACGCCUCCUUGCCCUCCCCCAUGAGGGAGCAGCUCCUUUCCUCAGACCAGGAGGCAUCCGGGGAAGACUCAGAUUCCCGACCUCGUCCCAGAAAGACGGCAGUCUGGAUUAUGAAGCACCAGGGCCACAAGGGGGGACAUGCAUCCCCUAAAGUCAGCCCAGACAGGGAGCACUGGUACGGGUCAGAGGAGUUUCUGGCUCUCCCCGAUCAGCUCCGUAAAACUGAAGCAUUGGCUAAGAAACUGGAAAGUUUGACCCAGUCCAUCCCAUUGAGGCAUGAAGACUCGACCCUGGCAGCUCUGCAGGAUGUGGAUGACUGGGAGCUGACGGAGCUCAACUCUGACUGGGACAACGUCAGCAGCAUAGGGGAAAGCGGGGAUGACGUUGCAUCCCCGCUGCCACUACGGCGUCCUCGCUUUAGCCCCACCUCCUCCAGUGAUAUCGCCCCCUCACUGGACGAAAGCAUUGAGUCCGGGCCCUUCAGCGACCUGCAGUCUGAGGAUGAUGAGGGGAGGAGGUCUGCGGACAGAUGCCUGCAGAUGACAGCGCCCCUGGUGGACGGGCGUGGAUGUGUCCCUCUGGUGCAGCAGCUGCUGGAGGACAUCCAGAGUCAGGACAAAGACCCAGAUAUCUGGAGGAAGAUCGAGUGUUUUGUGCAGAAGUUGGACGGGUUCAUCUCAUGGCUACAAGAGGCGCUGGACAGCACCGAGAACUGGACGCAGCCCAGGCAGGACCUGGAUAGCCUGAGGGUGUACCUGGACACUCACCUGAGAUUCAAGCUAAAUGUGGACAGUCAUUGCACUCUGAAGGAGAGAAUAAUGGAAGAAGGCAAAGCGCUGCUCAGUGUCAUCACCUCCAGCCAAUCAGGUCUGAAGGAUAUACUCCAUAUGGUUUCCAGCCAGUGGGAUCAGCUCCAGCGGCAGAUCCGGCGCCAACAUGGCUGGAUGCUCCGUGCCCUCCGCUGCAUCCAGGCCCGCCUCCUCUACACCAGCCAAUCACACGAGCACUUCACAGCCUUGCAAGACUCGUUGGCCAAUCAGCAGCCUCUUUGCCAAGUGGAAGGCCUCAAGGUGGAUGUGUUCUCCAGCCAGUGUGAAGCCAAGCGAGCUGCCCUGGAGAGGAUGGCGAUCAAACUGAGUAGCUUGCAGUACCCCUCGUCCUCUAAUACGAGGCACAACAAUCAUCUGGCCAGGAACAACAGUCUGCAGGAGUUUGAAGCAGAGUACCAGGAGAUCUGGGAUUGGCUGAUGGAUAUGGACGCUAUGGUAACAGACAGCCAUCAGCUGGUGAUGUCAGAAGAGCAGAGACAUCACCUUUUCAAGAGCAGCCACGCCGAGCUGAUGCUGAUGGAGAACAGGAAGAGCAGCCUGCUGGGCCGAGCGUCAUCCCUGAGGAGGAGUGGAACUCAACUACCCAGCAACUUCAAUGCCAAAAUACACAACCUCACACACACCUGGAGACAACUGGAGAGAAUUCUGUCGGAGCAUUCAGGACCCCGUUCGUCUGAACAAAAGCAAUCAUCACAUGUGAACACUCUGCUGGUGGGCAGCCGGGGGGCCGCUCCUGAAGGCCCUCGCUCAGCCUUGUCCCCGCUAACUAAUUCCCUUCUGGAGCAGCUGGAGGCUCGUAUCAAGGAGCUGAAGGCCUGGCUGCGGGACACAGAGCUACUCAUCUUCAACUCCUGCCUCAGACAAGACAAAGACGCCUCUGAGCAGCUCCAAAGUUUCAAGGCCCUGUGCUCAGAGAUCCGAGCCCGACGUCGAGGGGUCUCCUCUGUUCUGAAACUCUGCCAGAAGCUGCUGCAGCACAGCCAGUCGGGCCCCUUGGCUGAAGUGGGCCCAGAUGCGGAGCAGCACCGAGAGGCCCUGCAGCUGUUGUCAAUCAACCUGGAGCGGAGGUGGGAGGCGAUCGUGAUGCAGGCGCUGCAGUGGCAGAACAGACUGAAGAGAGAGCUGGGAGAACAGCAGAUCUCUGGAACCUCUCUGGAACCGGGUUUAGUGGAUCUCAACCAGAUCAGCCCAGUAUCAGCUGAUCUGGUUGCACCACCACCGGACGACUCCUGGGAAUGGGAUGAAACGGAUAUGACAAUCACAGAGGCAGAGCCACAAGAAGUACCAGAGCCAGAUCUGACACAGAACCUCCCCACAGAAUCAAAUCUGCCUUCAGACAGUGCUCCAUCUAAUAGGAACCAACCUGCUGGAAUCAGAACUGAUGUCCCAGACACUCAGCGUCUCGAGAUGUCCGACAUGAGGGUGGUGAACCCCCAAACCAUCCCCCAAAACAAUAACAUAUACCAAGUGUACAGCCUCCAUAAUGUUGAAUUAUACACGCAGCCUCAUUUUCCUCUCAUUUCUUCCUUUUUGCACAAAAGUAAGGCAGGAAAAAGGAAACACCAAGUCCUGCUGAAGAGCUUAAGCAAGGAUUCCUCGUUCUCUUCCAUCGAAUCCCUCCCAGAUCUCCUGGGAGGUCUGAUGUCAAACAGCCAACGAGGAGACGGGAUCUUUGGAGAUCAGGAGGGCGAGAGUGAAGGUGGCAGAGGGAGCGGCCAAUCAGAAACCAGUCGACGUUCAGAUUGUGAGAGCGGGAUUGUGAGUGACACGGGAGACACGGAGACAACAACAACGAACGGUGAAAUCCAAGGAGAGGAAGAGGAUCUAAGACGAGAUGAGAAAGAGCAAGUUGGGCAUGUGCAAAAACUAAAAGUCAUCAAGUCCGAUCAGAAGAGCAAGACAGAAAUGAAUAAGAAGGAGAAAGGAUGGAGACAGGAUGAGCUUCGAAGUGAAAGUAAAAGAAAUAGAGAGGAGGAAAAGAGGAAGAGGUACAGGAGGGGAGGAGGGGAGGCUGUUGAAAUCUUAAUUAACGGACACGGGAUCCUGACACCUGCUGAUUCUGACUCGGACUUUGAUGCAGGAGAAUUUGAGCUCAACUGUUCCAAGUCUUUCAUGUCCCAAUGCGACAUCAAGAAGUUCAAGUCUGACCAGUGCAAUCAUUUGGAGACUCCUCCUGCUCUUAUCAGCCAGUCAUCUGGUCCAGUUUUAUCUCAGGGCUCAUCCCUGGAGUCCCUGCUGGCUGUGGGCAUGGAGUUAUUCCCCUCCAAAGACCUGCUUCAUCGUAGUGCCUCUCUGGAGAGCUGCUUGAUUCCAUGUCAGGGUAGUGAUGGGGAGGCAGGAGCCAGUCUUUACAUUCUCGGUGAGCAGGGAAGAGAAGGCGACGGAGUUGAACAAAGAAAUGGAAAGGUUGAAAGAGGACAAGGAGAGCCAGCAUCAGGUGAGCUGAGCCGAAGAACUCUUGAUCUCCUGAAACGUCUUGAGAAUAUCCAAAGUCCGCUGGCGGGAAAGAUGACCCGGAGUGUCUCUGACAUGAUGCUUAGAAGCAGCUCACCGCAGACGACUCGAUUCCCUGCAUCCCAGUCUCUCGGUGGCCGUCAUGCCCCUCUCUCUGGGAUUUUGAGCAUUUCGCAGAAGGAGCUACCAUCACUGAUCAAUGAAGGUUCAGCAACACCAUCGCUGACGGAGUUGAGCAGCACUGAGGACUCAUCUCUGGGCUCUGAAGAUUUUGCAGUGCUUAGGAAUCAGCGCCACCUUUUCCUGGAUCCUAGCAUGGUGGCCAAUUCCAAGUCUGGCUGUUACAGGAAACACAGUCACAACAACAACAGAGAAGGCCAUGGCGUAGAUGAAGCGGAUGCAGCCAGUUUGAGCAUGGUGGUGAAUGUCUCGUCAGCAUGCACGGACGAAGAUGAGGACGACAGCGACCUCCUCUCAUCCUCCACGCUGACACUCACUGAAGAGGAACUUGGCAUCCGGGACGAGGAGGAUGAAGACGAGGUGAGGUUGAGCAGUGGUUCUUCUGAUAAUGAGGACAAUGAUGAAGAGGAGAUGGAGGGCUCUUAUGUGCUGGGGGUUGAGUACAUGAAGAGGGAGCUGCAGAGCUGGAUCCGAUCUCCUUACAACUCUGCUUCCUCUGCCUCCAAAACAGAGGCAGGCCUCCGGGAUGAGCUGCAGUGUGGGAGUACUCUGUUCUCCUCUUCCUCUAUGUGUAAGAAUAAGUGCCGUUUUCUGAACUCUGUAGCAUCUAAAAGGAUGGAAACCAGCACCAAGGACAGCAACCACAAAACAGAAAGAGAGAUGAGAGAAACAGAGGAGGAGAACAGAAGAAAUGCAGCAAGAAGCUACAUCAGCCAGUUUGUGGAUGAUGUAGAGAAUGGAAAUGUAGACCAGAGCUGUUUGAAAGGGAAGGAUGAAGAUGAUGAGCUCCUUAGAGAGGAGUCUGGUGUGUUCACUAAGAAAGGAGAAUCUCCAAGGCAGCUGUAUGUGAACACCAAAACAGGAGAGUCUGUUCAAGAUAUAAGCAACCUGACAUUGAAAGCAGAAUCAGAUUCUGCAGGUCACCUGUGUUCCUCGCCGUCCUCUGAGCUCCUCCCCUUCUCCAAGCAGGCUUCCUCUUUGGUGGGACAGCUGAGGGGAGAACUGCCCUGCCACAGCACCUCCAUCCCCUCCCCUCCCUCCCUCUCACCAGUUGACGAUUGUAGCUCCCACAGUGUUUUGCACAGCAGCAGACCGGCAGCUGGAGGAAGGAAAGCCAUCACAAUUCAGGAAAAGUUCAAAUUCUCAUCUUUUGUGACAGAGGAAGCGAAGAGGGAAGUCAGAGCAAAAGAUUCAAGUCUGCCUCCCAAAAAAUGGCACAAUAGUCACUCCUCCUGCUGCAAGCACCUGCCCUCCCCGUCCUCCCUCCAUCCACAUGGUGUAGCCCAAAGCAAGAAUGAGAACGUGCACAAUUUUGUUAUGGAGAUUAUUGACAUGACCUCGAUAGCACUGAAAAACAAAGAGAGCCAUACUGAAGAACCAAACCAGAGCGAGACCCGUGUGUCUGUUCAAGACCAAGGUCCUGCAUCACUGGCACAGAUCAAAGACAAGGUGCUCGAACACUCACACAGGCCUCUCCACCUUCGCAAGGGAGACUUCUACUCCUACCUGUCCUUGUCCUCCCAUGACAGCGACUGUGGCGAGGUCAGCCAGUGCAUUGAGGAGAAGAGCUCCACCCCUGUCCCCUACAGCAUCCCGUCCUAUACACCGACUCCAGACCUCCACAGCCCGAGCCCCCCACUGUUGCCAAGAUCCAAACAAAAAAACACAUUGUCCAAAACUACAAGCAUCUGCAAUCUGGAUUUGAAGUCAGCUGAGACCCAAAGUAACUGUUCUGUUGUUGGUGGUCGGGUCGAAGAGUCCACCAGCCCCUGUCUGUCCCUGCCCCCCAGCCCUGACAUCAGGGACGAGGAGACUCUGUUUGCAGCGUGUACGGAGGAAGUUUACCUCGGCCCGCCUCUUUGCUACAGCAUGGUGCUCACCGGGAAACCACAACGUUUUUUUCUGAAGCCGAGUUUGCAGCUGAGCAACAGGGAAUCGUACUUUUCUUGUUCAGGUGAGAAUCUCCGAUAUUUGACUCAAGAGGAUCCUAACUCUGAAGCAGGCGACUGUCAGAGUGACCUGUCUCUGUCAGAGAAGUCUGUGCCGGAUCAAAACCAGGAUCACCUGCUUUUCCAAGGAUCACAUCACACUGAGAAAACUCGGAGUUCCCUCUCUCCUUCCCCCAGGCCUUGUAUCAGCUUAUAUUCUACGUCCCCAGUCUUAACAAGUGACCCCACCUCUCUCCAGGGGCCGGAAGACUGUCCUUUGUCUCCUCUUCCUGUGUCUGCUGGUGCGGAGGAGGAGAAUCGGGGUGAGGACCUGUACCUCUGCUGUGAUGUCGCUGGAGGAGAAGUCGCAGCCGUUGUGAGUGUCGGCACGCUGCAGGAGGAGAGGAGUCGUAAUGAGUGGCCUCCUUAUCUUAAUCCCCGGGCGCAUGUCGCCCUGAUAGACUCCUUCGCCACCGAAUGUUUGGCAGAUACUAAAGCGCUUGAAUCCAAUAUGGGCACCGUAAUGACCAAGAUAAGUGUCUGCAGCACUGCUACAAAUCCCUCAAAAGAGCCAGCCACCACCGCCACGCGUAUUAAUCCCAAAAUUAACUGCUCAGCGAUGAGAACGGCAGAUAGGAAGGAGGGGGAGGGAGGCAGAGAGGUGGAUACUCAGCGGGCGGAGCAGGAGGAGAAGGCGAAGGAAGGGUGGAGCACCUCACAGCGGGAAGCAAAGACUGCCAUGCUGAAGAAGAGAUCAACGGUUUUGGGAGCUCCGGGACUGAGCUGCAACGGAGAUCUCUCCAUCCGUUAAAAUGACCUCUGCACUGGACCUCAUCUCCACGGAGUCCCCUCUUCACAUUUCUCAUCGCCCUCCUCUUACUGAACUAAAGCUCACUGAAGAGUUUUAACAUGAAACAACUCACUCACGGCCGUCAUGUCAGAGACUCCAACAACAUUCAUGCUGUGAUCUGAUUUUUAGAGCAGCUGUGUUUGAGGUUGAAGUGGUGUUUAGGAAGCAGUUUUAAGGGUUUGGAUGAAGAUGUUUUAGAGGUACACUGAACACUGAAGAGACAUUACACAGAAAUAGAAGAAGUGAAUUGAAAUGGUUUGAAAGUGUUAAAGGGGGAUUUUUCAGCAAUGAAGAGUCAGAUAAUUGUAGUAAAUAACAGAUAAGACUGGGCUCAGAGAAAAUUCUCAGAUCUCACUUUCCUAUUAAUUGGGCUGUAAAAUACUAAUAUGCACCAAACAGGACAGUGAAGAGAAUAGAAAUAUACUAGAAAAACUGAGCCAAUCAAAAAACAAAAGCACGAACUACAGAGAAAUUAUUUUUUUUUUU